GCAUGGAAAUAGUGAUAGAUUUACCUGGACUUUGUUUGAGGAGAUAGGCACAGUGGAAAUAGAUCAGACACCUUCCGCCACAACCCAAUUAGUCUAUUCUUUUAAUAUUUAACUCCCGUGACAGUUGCUCAACCAGCAGGUUAAAGAUCCUGGUGUGGACUGUGACUUUGAGCUCCACGUUAAUAGUCAGGCAGGCUACAGUCAGUCACUGCCCUGAUCCAGUCACCUGAAGUCAACAUGACUUCCCAAAAGUCAGACACUGCCAUGUCUCCAAAGAUCACAGUAGAGCUGCUCAGGCAGCUUCGCCAGGGGAUGAGGAAUUGUAAAUACUUCUCUGAGCCCAUCCAGGCUUACAUCGUCCCUUCUGGAGAUGCACACCAGAGUGAAUACAUUGCACCGUGUGACUGCAGACGUGAAUUUAUCUGUGGAUUUAAUGGCUCUGCAGGUACAGCCAUCGUCACAGAGCAGUACGCUGCCAUGUGGACCGAUGGGCGAUAUUUCCUCCAGGCCAGUCAGCAGAUGGACAACAACUGGACCCUUAUGAAGAUGGGGCUGAAGGAGACCCCCUCUCAGGAGGACUGGCUGAUCAGCAUCCUGCCAGAGAACUCCAGAGUGGGAGUAGAUCCUUGGAUCAUCGCUGCUGAUCAGUGGAAGAACAUGUCCAGGGCGCUGACCAGUGCAGGCCACUCUCUGGUGGCAGUGCAGGAUAACCUGAUCGAUGUGGUCUGGAUGGACCGCCCAGAAAGACCCAGCACACAGCUCCGCAACUUGGGCUUAGAGUACACCGGUUUGUCCUGGCAAGACAAGAUCACAGCGCUGAGAGCCAAGAUGACGAAGAGGAAAGUCAGCUGGUUUGUUGCCACGGCGUUGGACGAGAUUGCAUGGCUUUUUAACCUCCGUGGUGCAGACAUCGAGUACAACCCAGUUUUCUUCGCAUAUGCCAUUGUGGGUAUGAACACAAUAAGGCUUUUUGUGGACCUGAAGCGUCUUGCUGAUCCCGCAUUGAGAGACCACCUGCAGCUGGACUCCCCCUGCAAGCCCGACAUGAGCAUCCGUACGUACCCGUAUGAGUCGGUGUACGCUGAGCUCCAGGCCGUCUGCGCGGCACACAGCCCCAAGGACAAAGUGUGGAUCUGUGACAAGGCCAGCUGUGCUCUCACCCAGGUCAUCCCCAAAGCCCACAGGACUCCGAUUCCCUACACUCCCCUCUGCCUCGCCAAGGCUGUGAAGAACGCGACUGAGAUUCAAGGCAUGAAAAAGGCUCAUAUCAAAGAUGCCACUGCCUUAUGUGAACUCUUUGCUUGGUUGGAAAAGGAGAUUCCAAAAGGCAUCGUGACAGAGAUCUCUGCCGCAGAUAAGGCUGAAGAAUUACGCAGUCAACAGAAAGAUUUUGUUGGCCUCAGUUUCCCCACAAUUUCAAGCGUCGGCCCCAACGGAGCGAUCAUACAUUACCGACCACUCCCUGAAACCAACAGAACCCUCUCCUUGAAUGAAGUUUACCUGAUCGACUCCGGAGCGCAAUACGUGGAUGGCACCACAGACGUCACACGCACCAUGCACUUUGGGACUCCAUCAGCUUAUGAGAAGGAAUGCUUCACCUAUGUACUGAAGGGACACAUAGCUGUCAGUGCUGCUGUUUUCCCCAACGGAACAAAAGGCCACCUGUUGGAUUCCUUUGCCCGUGCAGCUCUGUGGGAGUCGGGGUUGGACUACCUUCACGGUACAGGCCACGGCGUGGGAUGCUUCCUCAACGUCCAUGAGGGGCCCUGCGGCAUCAGCUACAAGACCUUCGCUGAUGAACCUCUGGAAGCCGGCAUGAUCGUCAGUGAUGAACCUGGGUACUAUGAAGAUGGAUCUUUUGGCAUUCGUAUUGAAAAUGUGGUCCUUGUUGUACCAGCUAUGCCAAAAUACAACUACAGAAACAGAGGUAGUCUGACAUUUGAGCCCCUCACUCUGGUUCCUAUCCAAGUCAAGAUGAUGAACACAGAGCUACUCACUCAGAAGGAGCGGGACUGGGUGAACGAGUACCACAAGAUGUGCCGGGAGGUGGUUGGAGCCGAAAUGGAGAGGCAAGGCAGGAAGGAGGGGCUGGAGUGGUUGAUCAGAGAGACCCAGCCAAUCGUCUGAGGGCUGACUCCUGUGCAAUCCCAUCCUUUGUCCCAGGAGCACUGUAUGAUCAUUUGCUCUUCAGUGAUAAUCGUUUGUAUUUCUCUCAUCCUUCUCUGUGUCUCACAGUCGGCUUCUUUUGUAAAGCACAUUGUAUCGGCAGUUUUAUUAAAGAUCAUUAAAAAAAUCAAAGAAAUAA